GCUAUGGGGAGAGCUAUGGGGGAGAGAGAGUUCACACACAAACACAGAGAGAGAGUGAGUGAAUGAGUGUAUGUGUUGUGUAUGUAUUCGUGCGACGAUUUAAAGUGCAUUCACUUGUGUUGACACCAAUCGAUGGUUCACUCAAUUGUCUCUUCAAUCCAUACAUACAUUUGAAUCGUGUUUACCAUUCAUUCAAUACAACUAUCACUUGAUUGCGAUCCAAACGCGACCCCAACGCCGCUCACCAACUGAUCCCAUCAUCACAACCAUCGCAUCCAUCACUACAGCCAUCACUACAGGCCGGUCCACAUCACACACACCACACACGCCAGCCAUCACUCACAUGACACGAGCCAUCACUCGCAGCACAUCCCUGUACUCAACACAUUCACACCAUUAGCGGUGUCUCUAAUGACAUCCCGAUUAGCCAUCAUUUGUGUCAUCAUUUGAUGAGUCAAUCAGUUGUCAUAUUUUACUCGCAAAGUAUUCAAGUAUUGAUUGCCAGUGUCUGCGAAGACCACUGUUGAUCCAGUGACUCAUUUGUUCACUACUACUAUAACUGUAACCAAUUGUCUACUCAUUGGACGCAAUCAUUGAUCGCGCGGAUCAGCGAUGAACUCAAACCCCAAGAAUCGCAACAAAGGCGGCGGUCGUCCGCCGAUGACAUCUCAUAAUAAUAACUCCAAUCUCCAGAACGUUAACAAUAAGCCCCAAAUGAGGCAAAAGUCAUUGUCGGACACCAGGAGUGGCGAUGGCAUGACUCCAGAGGGCGUCUACCGGAACGCCCGAGUCGUUCACUGCACCACAUCUCUGGUCGGAUGUCUCGUUCACAUUGAGACCAAAGACGGCAACAAAUACGAGGGCGUUCUUCGCACGUUUUCACCCGAUUUUGAAUUGGUUAUCGAUUACGUGACCAAAAUUGAUGCCAAUUAUGUGCCGAUCGUGGGCUCCAAUAUCGGCACCCUUUUGGCCAGUCUUCAGGACAACAACGCUGUCUCUCAACGCGAUAUCUUCCAGUUCGCAGAUGUGGUCAAAAUACACGCCAUUAACGUUGACUUGAAUUACGCCACUAAUAAAGGACAUAUGAUGACUGACACUGAGAUCAGUCGUUUCGACUCGCGAUCGUUGAGUAGAGACAAAGAGUUGGUUCCGUGGGAUGGGGCCGGAGAUAGUGGCGACGAGUUUCCCGAUCUCGACGACCACAACAACGGCGGCCUGUCUUCGGGCGGCGCCCAAAACGGUUGGGCCGCAGAGGAUAUGUUCCGCAUUAAUGAAGACAAAUUCCAAGUGAAGAGCGAUUUCGACACAUCGCUCGGACAAUACACAAUGGCUUUGCCUGAAGUGGUGGACAAAGAGAAAGAGAUAAUCGCCCGUAAAAUAGCAGAAUCGAUAGAAGGCGACCAAAGCCGUCAGGCGAGGCUCAGCAAAGAGAACGAUGGCGAAGAUGAUGAUGGAAAGUAUAGCGAUGUGGUCAGACCCACAGCCAAUGACAACCGCAACCCCGAUCACCGGCGGGACAAUCGACCCAAUAGUCGCAAACCCAACUCUCAAUUGACUAAUUCAGGCUAUAUUAUCAACUCUAGCGGCGGCCCUCCCGGCGCUAGAAGUGGUGGUCGAAGUGGACCGUCCGGACCACCGCUGUCCACGUCGACCACAUUCCACGGGAAUAAGAAUGCGAAUCCCGGCUAUAAGUAUAGUCCCAACUCGAACAUGGGUUCGGGCGGCGGUCCCUAUAAGUCCUAUCGAGACGACAAUUACGGCCAAUCGGGCGGCUAUUACAAGAAUGAUAACCCACACGACGAGAGAGAUAGCCCACACUCUAAUCCACAGCCGCAGAGGCCUAUACUCGAUGGUAGACGACAGCCCCAAAUGCAGGGCAAACGCAGAGACGACUCCGACUCUAAGUAUAGCAACGAUUAUAAAUCGCCGGCACCCGAGACCACCCAUAAGAAUAGUCCUCCGCCAGGCAUUCGGACGGAGCCAUCGUCUCACCCGAAGCCCAAUGCGAACAACAGCGCCAAUAGCGGUGCUAACAGUAGUCUGAGUGCUAUGACUAGUAGUAGUGCUAAUAAGAGUAAAUCUCCGGUGAAUGCUGUGGUCGCCGACACGACGACACCAGUCAAUGACAAAUCAGAUGCAAUUAACGAACAGUUGAGUGAUAAUAAAGAGCUCAGGGAUAGCAGGGAGACGGCUGUUCGCGACAGCAGUGCAAAUGACAAGCCGUCAGCACCUGAUAAACCCGACCCGACCGGAGACGCGACUCCUGGCGGUCCGGCGACCGGUGGCGCACCCGAGACAGAGAUCGCCAAAAAGUCUACUCUGAAUCCAAACGCGAAAACAUUUACGCCACGAAUGCCGAUGUCGUCGCCACUGAGCACAUCAGCCACACCGCCGUCGGUGUCGUCGACGCCAUCGUCGACAGUGUCGAUACCGAGCACUGGGCCGAUGACACACCAGGCUAUGCAACCGGUCCACAGUAUGGGCCAACCAUCACAGAUGACGGUCACCCAACAGCACCCGCAACAACACCGUUAUCCCAACCCGUCAUUAGUGCAAAUACAGCCACAGUAUAACGUCAUACCGCAUGGGCUGACCCUUCCCUUAGGGGCCAAUCCGUAUCUGAUGACAGCGGCCAACAUGACGGCAAUGGGCCCCACAUUCGCGCAGUCCAACGCUGGCCAACAGAGGAACUACAGGGGAAAAGCACCGCAACAACAGUACGCGCACGCCGUUAGGCACGAGUAUCAACAGCAGCAACAGCACCCGCCCAUCGCCGCCGCCGUCACCGGACACCCUGUGUUGGCCACAGCGCCGAUGACAGGUCCGCAAUCGAUUCCCACUGUGAGUUACGGCCAAACAAUGGUGAACAACGCGCCGCCGCAGCACAUGUACCAUCAGAUGUACACACAAUUUCAGCCGCGAAUGAAUCUACAGUUACAGCAACACUCGGGUGGGAUGCAGAUGGCUAUGCCUCAGCCCGUCCAAUACGACCCCUCGCAGAUACAACACAUCUACGCAACCGCCAAUGCCGUACAACUGCAGCAUUUAGUAUCUCAGGCGCACCAACACAUGACAAACAGUGGCCCCCACUCUGGCCACAGUACGCCGCAGUCGGCGACGCCGACCACCCCUUUGCACGGCGGACCGGCGCCCUCUCCCGUUCAUCAUCAGCCCAACCAACCGCCCACUCCGACCCCACAGCAGACGAUUAUGUACACAUCGCCUCAGGGCGCCGGCCAUCAGGGCUCCGGCGGCUACCCUAACAUUGUUCUGUUGCCCAGCGGUCACGCGAUGGCCGGUGGCCACCACGGAGGCGGACACGGGGCGCAACUGCACGCUCACCAAUUAAGUCAUAACUCAACGUCAGCUAACCAUCACAGCGGCAACGGUCCGCAGUCCGCUAUACUUCCCGUACAACUAAUCGCCGGCUCUAAUGCCGCCAAUUAUAACAACAGCGCCGUGUUCGCGAGUCAAGUCAUUGUCAUUCGUGAGUCGAUGACCGGCCGUAACAGCGAUGGUCGGAGUGGUGUCACGGCGUCCGGUGUUUGCGCGCCAUUACAUCGUGCGGUUAGUCGUGAUAAUGAAGACAUAGUUAAUGUGCUGAUCAAUCCCAACGAUAUCAUCGACAACACCGUCGACGAGCGCUCAUUGGACGACGUCUUAGCCAUUGUCGAAGGCGUUGACAAUCGCGCCAUCACUGACGCCACCGAUGGUGUCAUCUCUCGGCCCCACAAACGGCCCAAAGAGCGACGCAAACCCGUGAGGAAUGAGCCGAAGACGAGUAGUUCGCCGACCAUAACAGUAGGCGACGAGCGGUCAUCCGUUGAUCUUAAGCCGACCCAAAAGUACGGCCGAGUCUUUCAAUGCAUUUUCGGUGUCCAUAAGCCGUACAAAAAGCACAAAGAGUUCACUUUUGACGGCUUUCUGACCGUUGAUCGUCACGACAAAGGCGUCCAACUUAUCGACGUCUACGGCAAGAGAGUUUCCGACUCAAAGGUGAAGAGCGCGAGUCUAUUAGAGUCGGGCAAUAGACUAGUGGUCGGCCACAAAGAGCUGGAGAUCGGCGACGAGAUGUCACCGCAAGAGUUCGAAACGGGAAACUACUUCGAGAAACAAGUGGUCACUUAUUGUGAUUGACUCUCAUAUCAUAACCAUUUCUACACAACUCAUUCGCUAUUGUAUUAUAAAAAUUCAUUUAUUCCUACGUUUUGUG